UCACUUAUGCUAGGGACAAUGGCCGUCCUAGGGAUGUUCACACUGGCGAAGCCACUAGAUCGUGGUUCGUGAAGUUGAUGGUGCUCAACGAAUGGCUCGAAGAUGCUCAAAUUGAUGCCAUGGCGCACUUAUUGAGAAGAAGACGGACCCUGUACCCGGAAGUCUACACCCGAAAAGGUGUAGUUUUGGACACAUCUGCUCCACAGUUCUUUUCCAUGUUUUGGAAUAUGUGUGAGGGUGACAGGAGCAAGAUCAAAUGGGAUGAGAGCGUCAUGAGCUACGUGCAGGGGAUACCGCACAGAUACUUGCCAUGUUGGGAGAAGCAGGAGUACAUAUACUUUGUGUUGCACCUUCCCAAAGAGCGCCACUGGGUGGCAGUUGAGGUGGAUAUCGAGAACUGGGAGAUCAUUGUAUAUGAUUCUGAUAUCGGUGCCACCGUUGAGGCAGCCAUGGAGUCAUAUUUGAAGCCUUACAGCGAGCUCUUUGCAAAUCUAAUUCGAGAUAGCGGUUAUUUCCAAUACAACAAUUAUGUACAUCCGGUGGAGUUGGGCGAUCUCAGUCAGCUCCUACCCCUCCAUUAUAGACGAGCUACCUCGGAGGUUGUACCACAAACGAACGGCGAGGUGAAUCUCUUUUUCUUUAGUAUAUUUUGA